GAUUCAUCUUCUCACAUUCAACAUUUAUACCCAAAAAUGGCGUCUAGACCAUCCAAGAAGAGGAAGCUUACUCCGCCUCAAUCAGACGAUGAAGGCGUGUCUCGCAAGUCUAAUGCGAAAAUCCAAAAAUCAUUCAUGGUGAAUGCAUCCAAUUGGGAUUUGGAACAGGAUUAUGAGACGAGAGCAAGGAAAGGAAAGAAAAAGGAAAAAGAGAGUACCCGACUUCCUUUAAAACUCUCGGACGGACGCGUACAACAUGUCUCUGCAGUACCUGAUGAUCUACGGUCUAUAGAGAGCGACGAGGACUGGUUAGAAGGUGCCGAAGAUGCAUCCGAGGAUGAGGAGGAAGAAGAGAGGAGGCAAGUUGAGAAACCUGAGAUACCCGAACAUCAGCAAAUCCUGGAAGCCAAAGAGGAACUAGCCAAGGUAGCUCUUAUGCUCAAUGAGAGCCCCGAGGACAAUGCUGGUGCAUUCAAAGCAAUAGCCAAGAUCGGACAGUCCCGGAUCGAAGCCAUUCAAAAACUUACCCUGGCUACUCAACUCGCCGUUUACCGAGAUGUUAUUCCCGGCUAUCGGAUACGGCCCGCUGCGGAAGAUGCACCCGAGGAGAAAUUGUCAAAAGAAGUGAGAAGUCUUCGGGGUUUUGAACAAGCUCUCGUCUCGGGCUAUCAGGCGUAUGUGAAGGAUAUUGCCAGAUAUGCGAAGUCAGGACGACACAGAGUUAGCCAAGACCGAGGCCAGAGCAUUGCGAGCGUCGCUAUCACCUGUGCUUGCACUCUAUUAACUUCUGUGCCUCAUUUCAACUUCCGAUCCGAUCUGAUUAAGAUCCUUGUUGGAAAGCUUUCAAGUAGGAGACAUCCCGAUGACGAUUUCAACAAGUGUCUCCAGGCACUUGAGACCCUUUUCAAGGAGGACGAGGAAGGACGUCCAGCUAUGGAAGCUGUCUCGCUUCUCUCUAAAAUGAUGAAGGCAAAGGAGUACCAGGUACACGAAAGUGUGGUUAAUCUCUUCCUACACCUCCGUUUAGAGUUUUCAGGCAAGGCUUCCAAAGACUCAGUCGACCGCUUGGAUGAUGCUACAGGCCUUAAUGGCAAGAAGCCCAAGGGAAAGAAACAAUUCCGAACCAAGCGGGAACGGAAAAACAUAAAAGAACAGAAAUCACUACAGAAAGAUAUGGCUCAAGCCGAUGCGCUCGUCUCCCAUGAAGAACGCGAUCGCAUGGAGGGAGAAAUAUUGAAACUCGUAUUCGGGACAUAUUUCCGUAUUUUGAAGCAGCGAGUACCACACCUUAUGGGUGCCGUCUUAGAAGGUCUAUCCAAAUAUGCUCACCUAAUCAAUCAAGACUUCUUUGGUGACCUCCUUGAAGCUCUUAAAGAUCUUAUCCGGCAUAGCGAUGCAUUCCAGAAUGGCGAUGAGGAGGAAGAACAAGAGGAGGAUGAGGAUGAGGAUGAGGACACACCCGUCCGUAACCCCUCCCGCGAAGCCCUCCUCUGUACCGCAACCGCCUUCGCGCUCCUCGCGGGCCAAGAUGCGCACAACGCCCGCGCAGAUCUACAUCUCGACCUAUCCUUCUUUACUACACAUCUCUAUCAAUCCCUCCUACCCCUGUGUCUCGACCCGGAUCUCGAACUCGGCGCAAAAUCUCUUCACCUCCCAGAUCCAGACAAUCCCACUUCCGCCCACGCCAAACCAAACACCAAAGGCAAUAAAGUCAAUCUGCAGACCACAACCGUCCUACUCAUCCGAUGUCUCACCGCCAUCCUCAUACCUCCUUGGAACGCACGCUCAGUCCCACCCCUCCGCCUCGCCGCUUUCGCAAAACAACUCUCAACCGCCGCACUCCACGCCCCCGAACGCUCAACACGUGCCAUUCUAGCACUACUAGCAGAUGUAGGCGCAGCACACGGACGCAAUAGGGGUGUAGCCGCGCUAUGGGAUACAGAAGAACGAAGAGGUGACGGUGCAUUUAACCCGCUUAGCGUAAGUGUGGAAGGAAGUAACCCGUUCGCGACGACAGUGUGGGAAGGUGAGAUUUUAAGACGGCAUUAUUGUCCUCAGGUUAGGGAGGGUGUUACGUUGGUGGAGAAGAGUAUGGGGUUAAGGUAGAAGAACAGGGGAUGCAGUAGGAAUGAGUCAAAGUACUAUAGGCCAUGCAUUUACAAAUAUUUAUCUUAAGAAAUCAAGACUUCAAUGAUGGCAAGAUUGUAAUCCGUAUUACUUUAUGUGUGUGCAAGCAGCCCUCGGUAUCUACGACGUGUUUU